GCUUUAGGUUUUCACCCUUCCCAUAUCACCCACUCUGGGCAAAUAGACCUACUGAAUAUACAUUAACAUCACCAUCUGUUAGCGAAUCUGGUGUCCGUAUCCACCAAUUAUCAAACGCACUGAAUCGCGAUGGUGGACUUUCUCAUCCACUCAGAAUUUUGCACAAACUGGAUGGCAAUCAACUGUCCAUCUGUAUUGAAAGUUGGAAAUAG